AGCAUUUUCUUACUAGAGAUUUAAGAUUUGUGACUAGAAAGAAAAGGACUGAAGGAAAAAAAAAAGCUGACAAAGAAAGGAGAAGAAAAUAAGCUCAUUUGCUGACCUGCAGAGGGACCACGUAGGGACAUUCCUAACAUCUUCAGGUUCACACAUCAGCACAGGUUGGCCACCAGGGACAUGGACAUCCCCAUGGUGGAGGAUUUCAGCAUGACCAACAGCACCAGCCAUGAAGCAGGACUAGCGAGACUGGAAGGCAGUCACGGACUCAACCACAGUGACCCGAUGGACAUGUUUAUCGGCAUGGAGCUGCUUUAUCGUUUCAAAUCUCUCUUCCUGCCGCUCUACUGCCUCAUAGUAGUGGUAGCCGGUGUUGGGAACUCCUUCUUGUUGGCUUGCAUCUUGGCCGACAAGAAACUCCACAACGCCACCAACUUUUUCAUCGGCAACCUAGCGGCUGGGGACCUGCUGAUGUGUUUGAGUUGUGUUCCACUCACUGUGUCGUAUGCCUUCGACAGCCACGGCUGGGCUUUUGGGAGACCCCUCUGCCACCUGGUCCCUUUGCUGCAAUGUGCCACGGUGUUUGCAUCAGUGCUGUCACUCACUGCCAUUGCUGUGGACCGCUAUGUUGUAGUAGCUCACCCAGUGCGGAGGAGGAUCUCUGUGUGGGGGUGUGGUGCAGUAACUCUGGGUGUCUGGCUUUUAUCUCUGGCCCUGGCUGCACCUCCAUCUCUCUACACACGCUACCUGGACCUGCGACCCACUGGCAUUGACCUGGUAGUGUGUGAGGAGUUCUGGCCGAAUAGUGGAAACCUGCGGCUGGUCUACUCUUGCUUCAUUCUCACAACCUCUUAUAUGAUCCCCCUGCUGUCAGUCAGCAUAUCUUACUGUGCCAUCACUGUCAGCCUAAAACGCUAUUCUGUACCUGGGGAGCCGUCCAAUAGCCAGCAGCGCUGGAGCCAACGGAGGAAGAGGACCUUCACUCUGCUCGUGGCCUCGGUGCUGGCCUUUGCCCUGUGUUGGCUGCCCCUGCAGGUGUUGAACCUGUUGCUGGACCUGGACCCAGACUUCCACAUCAUAGACAAGCGCUACAUUAACGUCUUACAAGUCUGCUGUCAUUUAGUGGCCAUGAGCUCUGCAUGUUACAACCCCUUCAUCUACGCCUCACUGCACAGCAAGGUGCGCAUGCACCUGAAAGGCUACCUCUGUCCUUGCCGCACUCGCCAGGGGGGGAUGGUGGAGAGAACAACGUCCAGGAGCUGAUUUCAGACCAUGCCUCAUAGCCAGCGCCCUGCAACCAUAAUACCGAUGUGAAUGAAAAAAAAGACUACGUCCAUUUAAAUGAGAUUUCUUCAUGUAUUUGCAGCAUUUGUGACUUUAAGACAUGUGCCCCUCUCUUGUACAGUUUCAUCAGCAGAGGCAGAGCUAAAUAAGGCCACUUAUGCCAAACAGGCGCUGAGGCAGAUCCAGGCCAGACUGUAGUUUAGAAUGAAGAUGAAGAAUAUUAAGCCAUCCAUUGGGAUCCCUGUGUUUUUCUUGGACAGCAUAGCUGUUGUCAUAAACACUAAGCAGAUCCUGCAGCUUUAGAAGGGCAUGCAGUGGCAUAAACAGACCCUCAGGCUGUGCGGCUCUGCAGCAGACUGAUGCUGGAGGCUGACACUGGGGGUGGCUACACAGGGUUACAGGGUCUGGUUAUACUUAAACAGUAAACACUUGGCUACGGGGAGCUGACCGUACAGUGAACCCUUCCACCAGAAAAUGGUGUACAGAUCAAGAGGAUGUGCAAAAGAGACAAUGUGGUAUUAGACAAUGUUUUAUUUUGUUCCUCUCCCUUUGGUACUGAAUGUUCUGUAAUCAAUUACACGUCUCUUGUAUUACACAUUUAUUACCCAUUGCUUGCUAUUUAUUCUAUUAUUUGGCUCUGUGCAUUUGUGUAUAUAUAUAUAUAUAUAUAUAUAUAUAUAUAUAUACACAUAGU